AUGGCCGACACACAACGUGUCCAAGUGUCUGUUGCGGAACUCAGCAGACAUAACACGAAACAUGACUGCUGGAUCGCAAUUCAUUCCAAAGUCUGGGAUCUGACCGAGUUUAUCGACGAGCAUCCUGGAGGCGCCGGCAUUCUCUUGCGAUGUGCUGGAAAGAAUGCAACGAAUGACUACGAUCAAGUACACGCUCCUGCUAUCUUGGAGGAGAACCUACCAAGCGAUAGGUUCAAGGGAAUUCUCGAAGAGGCCAUCAGUGAUAUUCCUCCGAAGGGGACUGUCACAGAAGCUCGGCAGAAAAAUGAAGCCACACAAAACGAGGAAAAUCCUCUACGCAACCCGGAGUUGCAUACCCUCAUUAGUGCUGCGGACUUCGAGAAAAUCGCCCGCACCGCAUUAACCCCCAAGACGUGGGCUUUCUACUCGUCUGCCGCUACCGAUCUCAUCACACACCACCAGAACAAGGCUUUCUUGCGGCGGAUAAUGAUCCAGCCGCGAGUAUUGAGGGAUGUAAGAAAGGCUGAUUUCUCAAGAACGAUUCUGGGCAACAAGACCGCAGCCCCGUUCUUCAUCAGCCCUGCCGCCAUGGCUCGGCUCGUUCACCCAGACGGCGAGCUGGCAUUAGCCAAAGCAGCAGCCGCGGAAGGAAUAAUUCAAUGUAUAUCAAACAACGCAUCAUACCCCUUGGGCAGCAUAACCCAAUCCACGGACCCGCAACAAACCUUCUUCUUCCAGCUCUACGUCAACAUCGAGCGCCAAAAGACAACCGAACUGCUUCUGAAAGCAAGAGAUCUAGGCAUCAAGGCCAUAUUCGUGACCGUCGAUGCGCCCGUGCCCGGGAAGCGCGAGGCGGACGAACGGAUAGCGGCUGUUGCCAUCCAGUCUGCUAUUAGUGGGGCAACGGCGUCCAACGACAAGAAAGGAGGAGGUCUUGGGCGGCUUAUGGCGCAGUACAUCGACAAGGCACUCCAGUGGUCCGAUCUGGCGUGGAUCAAGGAAACCUCAGGUCUUCCGGUUGUCUUGAAGGGCGUUCAGAGCGUUGAGGAUGCGAAACUGGCGGUGGAAUACGGGGUUGAUGGUAUUUUGUUGAGUAAUCAUGGCGGAAGGUCCUUGGAUACUUCGCAACCAGCUAUACUGAACCUUCUCGAGCUGCGAAUGAAGUGUCCAGAAAUCUUCGCCAAACUCGAGGUCUAUGUUGACGGUGGCUUUGAGCGAGGAACAGACAUAUUGAAGGCGCUUGCCCUAGGCGCAACCGCCGUUGGCGUUGGAAGGCCGUACCUGUAUUCCCUGGUGUACGGACAAGAGGGAACUCAGCACUUGACUCAGAUUUUGAAAGACGAGAUCGAAGUUUCGAUGAGACUGUGCGGACUGACAAGCCUGGAUCAGAUCAGCCCCGAUCUCAUAAAUACUUCAGAUAUCGACUACUUGGUGCGGUCGUCAAAUAAGUUCCCUGAUAUUGCCAAUACUAGAGGGCGAGCAAAGCUAUAA